AUGAAACGAGCUCUGGUAUCUUUGGUUCGUCAACGGGCUCUUGCUCGUAGUGCAGAAUCAGCUAAAUAUCUUGGAAGUAGCAAUGUUUUGGCAUUGUCAUCAACAUCCCGACCAAUGUCGACAUCAACAACAUGUUUUGCAGCUGCUCAAUCAGCACAAACAACACCAGAAGUCUCGUCAAUUCUUGAACAAAAGAUUCUUGGUCAUCAAUCUAAACAAGAUCUUGAAGAAACUGGACGUGUGUUAACAAUUGGUGAUGGUAUCGCUCGUGUUUAUGGUUUAAAAAAUAUUCAAGCCGAAGAGAUGGUGGAAUUUUCUAGUGGUUUAAAGGGUAUGGCUCUUAACUUGGAACCGGACAACGUCGGUGUUGUCGUCUUCGGUAACGAUCGAUUAAUCAAAGAAGGCGAUAUCGUCAAACGAACAGGUGCUAUCGUCGACGUACCAAUUGGUGAUGAGCUUCUUGGCCGUGUCGUUGAUGCUCUUGGUAACCCAAUUGAUGGCAAAGGUCCAUUGAAUACGAAAAAACGAGCUCGUGUCGGAGUUAAAGCACCCGGUAUCAUUCCACGUAUAUCCGUACGUGAACCUAUGCAAACAGGUAUGAAAGCCGUCGACAGUUUAGUACCCAUUGGUCGUGGUCAACGAGAAUUGAUUAUCGGUGAUCGUCAAACUGGUAAAACAGCUGUUGCUAUUGAUACAAUUAUCAACCAAAAACGGUUUAAUGAUGCCGGAGAAGAAAAGAAGAAACUCUAUUGUAUCUACGUUGCCAUUGGUCAAAAACGUUCAACAGUCGCACAAUUGGUCAAACGUCUUACUGACGCUGAUGCUAUGAAAUAUUCAGUUAUCGUAGCUGCUACAGCAUCAGAUGCCGCUCCUUUACAAUAUUUAGCACCAUACUCUGGUUGUGCUAUGGGUGAACAUUUUCGCGAUACAGGCCGACAUGCUUUAAUCAUCUAUGACGAUCUUUCGAAACAAGCCGUCGCUUAUCGUCAAAUGUCACUUCUGUUACGUCGUCCACCCGGUCGUGAAGCUUACCCAGGUGAUGUCUUCUACCUACACAGUCGUCUUCUCGAACGAGCUGCCAAAAUGAAUGAUAGUCACGGUGGUGGUUCUCUGACAGCUUUACCCAUUAUUGAAACACAAGCUGGUGAUGUCUCUGCUUAUAUCCCAACUAAUGUCAUUUCAAUUACUGACGGUCAAAUCUUUUUGGAAACUGAAUUGUUUUACAAAGGUAUUCGACCAGCCAUUAACGUAGGUUUAUCAGUCUCACGUGUCGGUAGUGCUGCUCAAACCAAGGCUAUGAAACAAGUUUCAGGUAAAAUGAAACUUGAAUUGGCUCAGUACCGUGAAGUCGCAGCUUUCGCCCAAUUCGGUUCGGAUCUUGAUGCUGCUACUCAGUCUCUACUUAACCGCGGCGUUCGUCUCACUGAAUUACUUAAACAAGGCCAAUAUGUGCCCAUGGCCAUCGAAGAACAAGUAUGUGUCAUCUAUGCUGGUGUUCGUGGUCAUUUGGAUAAACUCGAUCCAUCUAAAAUCACCAAAUUUGAACAAGCAUUCUUACAACACUUGAAAGGACAACAUAAAGACAUUCUUGAAUCAGUCCGUUCAAAGAACGAAAUCACCCCUGAAACGGAUGCUAAACUUAAAGAAAUUGUUCAAAAUUUUGUUGGUUCAUUCAAAGCAUAA